CACCAGUGUACCCUGUCCUUAGCACUGUGGUUGGCAAGUUCACCACGAAAUCUACGUUGUACCGCUCGCAUACGCCUCCUGAUGGCUCGCGCUUCGCCGUGCUGGCCUCUUCGAUACUGGGCUGGGCUGUUGGGCCCAAUGGCCUCGUCCAUUACGGUGUAUGGAGUCCUUCGCAUGUACGUACCUACGGAUACGUUGUACGAUACUCUGAAGCGACUCUGAAGGGAUGUGAUGGGAAGACACGGCUUCACAACGUGUGAAUGGCCUCUCGUCCACCAUGCUAGAAUGCUACCCCUGGAUCACGGCCAGUACCCCCUCCAGGACAAGUCUCUUCUUACCAAGAACAGAAGAACAAGCAUCCCUCCCAUCGCAUCCCAUCGCAUCCCAUCGCAUCCCAUCACAUCCCUGCUCCCACCGGCCCCUGUCUUCCAACUCGCUUCGUACCCACCCACAGUCCACUCACCGUGGCUCGGCGGUGUGCCCAGUGCCCAGCGCCCUGUGCCCAGCCAGACUUGGCUCAGCAAUAAUAACAUCCCGGCCUCCUCUUCCGCUCCUGUUUCUCGCUCCUUUUCCUCUUCCCUUUUCCCUUUCCCACGAACCAUCGUCAAGGAGUUGAUGUGAUCAACAUUUUUUUCGUCUUUUCAUUCUCACCCACCUCUCACCACCGCUUCACUCUUUUAGCGGGCAUUCGUUCUAAUCGUUGAACAAGGGAAAGAAAAAGAAGAAGAAAAAGACUAAUAAAAAAGUUAUUUUCGCGAAGCGAUUAAAGUUUUAGUCUGCGUCUGUCAAGAUGAAGGGCUCCAUCCUCCUCGUCGCCGCCGCCGCCGCGGGUGCGAGCGCCUCUGCUCACCGUCAUGCCCACCGCAUGUUUGCCAAGCGAGGAACCGAUGCUGAGGUCUGCGUGCCUAGCUGCACCACGGUGUACACCACCAUCU